CAAUGCUCUGUACUGACCGUUCAUCGUCGACCAUCAGGACUUGAGUCAGGAGACGUCAUCCCCGUGUACUGCACCCUUCCAGUUCUACUGCUGGCUAUGGACAGGAUGCAGCACUUGACCCGCGCGGCCGUCCGGAGAGCAUCCAACAUUGAGGUGAACCCCCAGACCAAGCACAACUUACAGGGGCUCUUCAUCAAUUUCAUCCUCAUCCUCAUCUGCCUGCUUUUCAUCUACAUCCUCGUCCUGUUUCUGUGAGCGGCCGUGCUGAGGGCGCCGCUGUCAAAUGCCUGCCAGCCAGUCGGGAGAGGAGCUGCACUGGAGACAUGGAAGAAGGGGAUUGGUUAUGAUGCAUAUAUUGUAUGAUUAUUAUUAUAGGGAACUGGUGUGAAAAAAAGAAAGAACUGUGAUAUGUUAACAUUGCACUAAUGUAUCUCUGUCUUUCGUAUGCAUUCGCUGGAAAUUUUUGUUUCAUUAACUCAUACUGCAGUAACUGUGGUUCGAUCUGACUGAAUGGUGAUGAAGUUUUUACUCUGUAAGGAACGUAUCAGUGCCUAAUGUACUGGAUUUGACCUCAGACCUGGACUGGAGGCCUCGCCCAAA